GCAAACCGUCGAGCAAGAGCAGGCGAUCAAGAAAGCAACUUGUCUGCAGCAAGAAACUCAUCCCCAGGCAUCAUGAAGACUCUGACUCUGCUCUCCAUCUGUGCCCUUCUCUCAGUGUGCUGGUCCAUGGGAGCUGUGGAACCAGAGGUUGUCGUGGACCCUGAUGCUGACACGGCUGCUGACGCUGCACCUACUGCACCUGCCGAUGCCGAUGCCGAUGCCGAUGCCGAUGCCGAUGCCGAUGCCUCCUCUGAGUCCGACUCCAACUCUCCCUCCGACUCCUCAGCAUCCGAUUCCAACUUGAGCGUUGACUCGUCGGCCUCCGAUUCAUCCUCCUCAUCCUCCUCAUCCUCUGAGUCCUCAUCGUCUGAGUCUACCGAAUCCUCUUCCUCCGAGUCCAAUUCUUCCUCUGACUCGUCUGCCUCCUCUUCCUCUUCCUCCUCAUCCUCAUCCUCAUCCUCAUCGGAGUCAGCCAGCACUGAGGCUUUUUCCCCUUCAGCUUCUCCCCCUUCAGCUUCUCCAGUGGUGAUGAAGAGAGACCUGGCUGCUGUUCUCCUGAGAAGAAGAAGAGCGGUAGGAGCCCUCAGCCCUCUGCAGCUGGAAAGCCUGCAGGAGGUGUGUGAGUUGAGCGUGGCCUGUGACGAGAUGGCUGAGACCGCGGGUAUCGUCGCUGCAUACACCGCCUACUAUGGACCUGUUCCCUUCUAAGUUCAAGACUUUUUCUUUCAUCCAUGUGUGGAUUUUUCUUUGUCCUCUUUGUGAUAAUGGUGCAAUAACCCCCUGAAAUACAAAAAAAGGAGCAGACAAUUACAAAAAAGAACGGGUUUGGCCUGUGUUAUGAUGCUAGAUGGAGAUUUUUUUAGGCACCGAUCCUUGCAAAUCUGACCAGCAUUAGUUGUCCAGUAUGAAAAGGCGUCUUCCAGGCUUUUAGAGAGCGGCACAUGGAAACACGAGUCUGUGUAGUAUACGCAGACGCCCACAAGAAUUUUAAAUAUUCUUCUCAUUUCUCGGGUAAAAAACAAAAAUGGUGCUACAAAUGCAAAUGUAUUGUAUGUUAAUAUGUUAAUGUUUUUAUAUCAUGCUUUUAAUUUUACACGUAGUAGUUGUAGUGAGUAGUGGAUGUAGUAACUACUUCUUAGAGGUACUGUAGUUUUAGGUGUAUUAUGUAUUGAUAGUGGUAGUGUACAGUGGUUGUUAAAUGCACAUCAGUUAUCUGUAACCACAAAUUGCCUCUGGGUUUGGAAACAAUAAAUUAUUUUGUG